ACUUCUGUUCACUCCUUGAAUUCUAAUCGAAGACUCCGGUUGGAAUUCUAAUCAGAGUCGUGUUGCCUUUACACGCACAGACGCGCGCGCGCACACGUUUUGGGGGAAUGGCCUUUCUGGUGGACGGAGGGGUGGGCAGUGAGGGCCAGCCAGCCUCUCUCUCCGCCAAGGCUCCUGCUCCGCAGAGGCAGCCGCGGUCACGAGUUCAGUGUGUAUUUUCCUGAAAGUUGUGUGUGUAAACGUACUCAUCCACGGGACGCUUUACCAAGAGCGUGAGGUGGUGGCUCCCUGACUUGCUCCCCCAGAGGCCCACAGUGUGAGGCGAAGCGUCCUGCUUGGUGAGGUGCCUGCCUGAGGGGCUUGACCUCAUUCUUGCAUCGCUUUUCCCCGAGCAAUCUGCCUGCUGGGCUUCUGUGUCCCUGUUGCGGACCCGCCUCGGCCUCCAGAUGAUGUCAGCCCCAUCGCCCUGCCAGGAGAGCUCUUGGUCCCCCCUUCUGUCUGGCAGUUGGGGUGUGACAGAUAGCUUACUUGGCCUGGCAUUUCCCCAGAACCUGCCCACCCUCGGGCCUCCCUGUCAGGUGCUCAAACCAAAUCCCUGGGUCACUCUGGACUCCCGCCAGAACCCGACCCCUGCUGGAGCCGCCACCAGGGCAGGACCAGGCGUAGCCAGGGCAUCGGUGGGCCCACAGGAGGGCUGUGGUCAAGCCAGGCAUGCAGGGCCUGGCAUGGGGUCCCCACAGGAGUGCGGCCCUGGAAGGACUGUCCACGCCCAGCAUCUCUGGAGGCAGCCAGGCCCGGUGCCUCCCUGGAUGACAGCUUGGCUCCUGUGAGGACACGCUCACCCGGGCCUGUGCGCGCACUGCAGGCCGUGCCAGUCCCACAGGCUCCUCAGAUUUCCAUCUUCCUCAGAGACCCCAGGGACCAGGUGAUGGCAGCGGCCAGGCUCCUACCGCCACCGGCGGUGCCCCAGGCCAAGGUGACCUUCGAGGACGUGGCCGUGCUCCUCUCCCAGGAGGAGUGGGACCGCCUGGGCCCUGCUCAGCGGGGCCUCUACCGACAUGUGAUGAUGGAAACCUAUGGGAACGUGGUCUCCGUGGGAAUUCCAGGAUCCAAGCCCGAGGUGAUCUCGCAGCUGGAGCGAGGAGAGGAGCCGUGGGUCCUGGACAAACAGGGAAAUGAGGGGCGCAGGGGCCUGGGCAUUGGCCGCUCAGACAACUUCACGUGUGACCACAAGACAGCUUGUGUGCAGCAAGACGGCACGUCCUGUCCCUGGGGAUGUGAAAACAAGGAGCAGGACCAGAACAGAGACUUGAGUCUGAGACCGCUCACUUCAGAGGAAAUAUCGAUGAUUCUGAGGAAAACACCUGCCGAGUGGAGCGAUCAGGGAAGCUACGAACCUGAGGAGAGCUUCUGUCUGAGUCCCAGCCACGCUGGCCCCCCUGAAGGCCGGGCCUUGAGUCAGGGCAUGCCUGUCGCUCAGCGACCAGCCGUUCCUGGCGGGGAGAGACCCUUCCGGUGCGUGGAGUGUGGGAAGUGCUUUGGGCGGAGCUCCCACCUCCUCCAGCACCAGAGGACCCACACUGGGGAGAGGCCCUACGUGUGUGGCGUGUGCGGCAAGGCCUUCAGCCAGAGCUCGGUCCUCAGCAAGCACAGGAGGAUCCACACGGGCGAGAAGCCCUACGCGUGUCACGAAUGUGGAAAGGCCUUUCGAGUGAGCUCAGAUCUUGCUCAGCAUCACAAGAUACACACGGGGGAGAAGCCACACGAGUGUCUCGAGUGUCGCAAGGCCUUCACGCAGCUCUCCCACCUCCUCCAGCACCAGCGCAUCCACACCGGGGAGAGGCCCUACGUGUGUGGCGUGUGCGGGAAGGCCUUCAACCACAGCACUGUGCUGCGCAGCCACCGGCGGGUGCACACCGGGGAGAAGCCGCACGCGUGCGCAGAGUGUGGCCGUGCCUUCAGCGUGAAGAGGACGCUGCUCCAGCACCAGCGGGUCCACACCGGGGAGAAGCCCUACGCCUGCGGUGAGUGUGGCCGCGCCUUCAGCGACCGCUCCGUCCUCAUCCAGCACCACAGCGUGCACACGGGCGAGAAGCCCUAUGAGUGCAGCGAGUGUGGCAAGGCCUUCCGGCACCGCUCCACCCUCCUGAACCACGAACGCAUCCACACCGAGGAGAAGCCCUAUGGCUGCUACGCAUGUGGCAAAGCCUUCGUGCAGCACUCCCACCUGACCCAGCACCAGCGGGUCCACACUGGCGAAAAGCCUUACGUGUGCGGCGAGUGUGGCCACGCCUUCAGUGCCCGCAGGUCCCUGGUCCAGCACCAGCGGGUCCACACGGGCGAGAGGCCAUUCCGCUGUGCACAGUGCGACAAGGCCUUCAGCCUGAAGGCCACGCUGAUUGUGCACCUGAGGACCCACACAGGCGAGAGGCCCUACGAGUGUAGCCGCUGUGGCAAGGCCUUCAGCCAGUACUCGGUGCUCGUGCAGCACCAACGCAUCCACACAGGUGAGAGGCCCUAUGAAUGUGGGGAGUGCGGCCGCGCCUUUAACCAGCACGGCCACCUGAUCCAGCACCAGAAGGUACACAGGAAGCUGUGACCUUGGCUGCACGCGAAGCUGCACUCGGGAACUUGGGCACCCAGCCCCAGGAAGCCUCCAGUCCAAGGGAGGUGCCCGUCAGCAUCACCAAGUGUCACUGAGAAACUCAAGGGAAGCACUGACACGUCUCUGGAAGAAGUUCAGAGGAUGCCUCAUUUGUUUCUCUCAACUUCUUGAGGUUACAUUGCAGAGUAAUUACACAAUUGUAGAGAAUUUUGGUGAAGACAGUUACAAUUCAUUAUUUAACAUUAGUUUAUUAGAAGUGAGGAAGUAAAGGAAGUUACAGCAUAAGGAUUACUGUCACAGUAAAACUUCCUCACACUCCAAAUAAAGGUUUUUUUCUUAGAACAUUAUAUGCCUUUCCUAAAUUCAAUGACUGUUCUGAUUAUUGCACUUACUUAAAAUUAGAAUGUUUGUUGGACUAUAUUUUCAGUAUUCUGUUAAGCACUACAAUGCUG